GUUCCUUACCAACAUCCAUGGAGUAAAUGUCACAGGUGAAUAGCAGCUUGCUCUGCUUAUGUUAAUCUGACAAUGAAAGCAUGGCUCUGUAUUUUGGCAGCACAUCAAGUUCAUUGAAAACAAGGGGUUUAAUUCCUCCUUGGUUUGGGCAUGCUUCCCAAGCAUCAGUGGAUCUCAAACUUUUGUUUCUGGGUCACACCUUCAGAAUAAAAAUUUGCUCGCGCCACACCAAAUCUCUUAUGGAUAAGAAAUACACUGGAAAACAAAAGGCAACAACUCCUAGCAGUGCUUGAUUUGUAACACAGAACACGACUAUUUUAUAAUAUGAUCGUGCAUAGGAGCCAGCUCCUAGGGGCUGUGAGGGCUUUGGCCCCCACAAUAAAAUAUUUGAUGGGGCCGGGCCCCCACAAAGAUGAUGGGCAUUCCCAUUUAAAUGGUGUGUGUUCACUGUGUCAUGUGAUUCAUUAUGCAGGGUGGGGCUUACCUGGGUCCCCACAAUAUUUUGUUCAAGUUGGCACCCCUGUGAUCAUGGGACAUUGAGAAAGUAUAAAACAAUGUAACUACAUAAGAAUCUUCCCAAAAUGUAAUUAUUAACGAGCCUUUCAUAACGUGUACAAACUCAAUGAGUGGUGUGAGCUUCCUUUUGCCAGAUAAUCUCAUUUAUAUUAGGUCUAAUUUGAGACAAACAAUAAUAAUCUCAUCUCCUCAGCCCAAAGAAGCCUUUCUCUUUUCUUAAAAAUCUCAGUUCACAACAAUAUGUCAUGGAGAACUGUAGAAGAAUAGCCAAUGCUAUUUUCCAGCACUUUGUUCAAAUGGCGAUUCCGGAUCACAACUAAGAUUGUCCUUAGUAUCAGUUGAUGCUCUUACUCUCAUUUUGAAAAGAUAUCUAUCCAUAUUCUGCAAAUAAAUAAAUAUUUUGGUACUAUACUAUAGUAUUCUAUACUAUAUUGCACUGAAAUGUUUAAGUGUUUCAUUGAUUGUCCUUGAAUGUUCCCACCACACUUGCCAUCCUCUCCUGCCACACACUGUGGCUCGCCACACCCUUUGAGAACCACUGCUAUACAUCCUAAUGGCCGCUUGUCAUUAAAACUCAACUCUAGCUGAUGUACACUGUGAGAAAGGUCCUAGUUUUGCAGAAUUCCAGCCAGGGCCAGCUCUAGGAUGAGGCAGUGAGGCAGCUGCCUCAGGCAAGCAAUGUCGAGAGGCGGGGAGGGGACAGAGCUGUGAGUGCCAUGUGGCCCGGCCUGCCCUCAAUCACAGUGGAAGAUACUUUCCUUUCACCUAUAUUGGAGUAAGAUUCAACUGCAAAUCCAACUAACCUCUGUAUGUGCCUUUGGGGAGGGCACCAUAUUGCCCUUCAGCUCAGCAUACUUGUCCUGAUUUCAGCAAACUUAUAGGGUUUCCUUUGUACAUGGGCUGCUGGUCUUUAGUAUGAGGGCGACUGGGGAAUGACCCUUGUUCGCAUAAAGCUCACAAAGGAUGGGGAAGCUGUGGUUCUCCCGAUACUGCUGGACUACAACUCCCAUCAUCCAUGACCAUCCGCCAUGCUGUAGUCCAGCAUGUAGUCCAGCAACAUCUGGAGGGCCAGAGGGAUCACCAUUGCUGGCCUAGAGUGUUAUCUGACACACAAAACAGGCAGUUCCUGGGUCCUCAGAGUUCCAUGCCACUACACAUUGAAACCACUUGCUCUGUAGAUGUCCCCUUGUCCUCACACAUCUCUGAGGAACUGGCUUGUGUCUGUGGAGAGAGAUGUAUAGACUACAUUGAUAAAUUAUAGAUAUUUGCAUCAACCGCAGCCAUUGCAAUGUAUUUACAACACAUAAAAGCAACUGAAACACAUACAACUGUCAAAUUAAAUUAAAAAUUAUACGAAUUAAAACACAGAAAGCACCACAACUGUCUGUAUUUUAAUGGCAUCUGCAAUGAAAUACAUACAUAUAUAUAUAUAUAUAUAUAGGGCACAUUCUUUUCUACAAUCCCAUUACCUUUUAGAGAAAAGUGUCCUUAUUAAAUUGUUCAAAAAAGAAAAGAAAAAUCAGAACUGAACUCUGGAACAAAGUAUCUGAAACAGUAAAAUGUCCUUAAAGGCCAAUUAGAAAUUGCAAUACUGGGAGUUUUACUACAUGUAACUCCACUGUAAUUAUCAAUCAAUGGAUUCAGUUGAAAAAAACCCUCAAAUUCACAGCUGGGGAAAAAGAUACUAAUUAUUUCCUGUUAAUUAAGACUGUGCUGGGACUCAGGCUUACCAUCCUUCAAGUAAAGGAUUGACACAUCAAUGCUAAUAUAAUGCUCAAGGUCCUUUUCAAAGGCUUUAUUUCUAAUGUUAAUAAAUUGGUGUCACAUUAUUUUAAGUGUCUUAAGCAAUCAUGCCAUUAUCUGUCAUUUAAACACGGCAUGUCUGUAUAAACACAGAGGGUGAUAUAAUAACAUCGCCAGGGACAAAAAUUGGGAUGAUUCAAUUUGCUUCCGAAAACAUGAAAUUUGAAUCAUUUGUCUUUUGACAGGUUUGUUGGAAGACCACAUCAAAGGUAAAGACUGUUCAUAAAGUAUUAGUUUGUUCACUUGACUUCAAUAUAAUUUUUUUCAGUGAUGUCUAGUGAACAAUGUAGAGCUCUGAGUUGAUGUUUUAUUCAACAAUAACAUCUUUUUAGUGCCUUGUACGAGUUGUACUUUUAUUUAUGUCAAGGCCAUUUUAUAUGGCCAACAGCGGCUUAAUCUCACAAAUGGGUAAUUGGCAACAGGUUCUUUUGAUGGAUUGGGGUAAAUCUGGAUUAAACAGGCUGUCUCUUAAUGCCAACACCAUCAUGUGGAUGCUGCCCAAAACUGCAUGAGCAGCAGAAGAGAAGACUCCCUGGAAAAGACCCUGAUGUUGGGAAAGAUGGAGGGCACAAGGAGACGGGGAUGACAGAGGACGAGAUGGUUGGAUAGUGUUCUCAAAGCUACCAGAAUGAGUUUGACCAAACUGCGGGAGGCAGUGGAAGAUAGGAGUGCCUGGCGUGCUCUGGUCCAGGGGGUCACGAAAAGUUGGACAUGACUAAAUGACUAAACAACAACAACAACAAGCUGCAAUCCCACAGAAGGCAUUCUUCAAGAAGUACCUCCAAGUUGGCCAGCAGAAAAUGUGGCAUGGCCAUUCAGCUGUGGGAGAAAGGAAGGAAUUUUUUUUUUUUUUUAAGAUAUUUAUUAAAGGUUUAACAAUUACAGAAAAAGAGAAAAAAAUAGAACAGUAAAAAAUUACAAUACCUUACAUCAAAAGAAAAUAAAAACCAGAUUAGAAAGAAAGCAAUACAGCACAACAAUAAAAACAAAAAAAGCAAAAACAUUUAAAAACAAAAAACAUUCAAAAACACAUCCAAUAUUCCUUAUCUUUACCUUUCAUUUACCUGUUUCAUCGACCUCCUCACACCUCCCUUUUUGUAUUCUAGUUUAGUUAACUAUUUCAGCAGAUUCUUUCCAUCUUUCUCAGUUUUUGUUCUAUAAUUUAUCUUAACAGUCUAAUCUUUAAUUUUUCCAUUUUUACCCAUUAUCAAUCAACUUUUACUUAAAUCUUUAUUACAUUUCUGUUAAAACCAUAUAGUUUCAUUCCAACAUCCUUCUAACAUUCAUUAAUUUUGCAAUGUUUUUGUAAAUAUACUUUAAAUUUUUUCCAAUCUUCUUCCACCGACUCUUCUCCCUGGUCUCGGAUUCUGCCAGUCAUUUCCGCCAGUUCCAUGUAGUCCAUCAGCUUCAUCUGCCAUUCUUCCCUGGUAGGUAGAUCUUGUGUCUUCCAGUGCUUUGCAAUGAGUAUUCUUGCUGCUGUUGUGGCAUACAUAAAGAAAGUUCUAUCCUUCUUUGACACCAAUUGGCCAACCAUGCCCAGGAGAAAGGCCUCUGGUUUCUUCAGGAAGGUAUAUUUAAAUACCUUUUUAAUUUCAUUAUAGAUCAUCUCCCAGAAUGCCUUAAUCUUUGGGCAUGUCCACCAAAGGUGGAAAAAUGUACCUUCAGUUUCAUUACAUUUCCAACAUUUGUUAUUGGGCAAAUGAUAAAUUUUUGCAAGCUUGACUGGUGUUAUGUACCACCUAUAAAUCAUUUUCACUAAAUUCUCUUUUAAGGCAUUACAUGCCGUAAACUUCAUACCAGUGGUCCAUAACUGUUCCCAGUCAGCCAUCAUGAUAUUAUGUCCAACAUCUUGUGCCCAUUUAAUCAUAGCAGAUUUCACCAUUUCAUCUUGUGUAUUCCAUUUCAACAGCAAGUUAUACAUUCUUGACAAAUUCUUAACUUUAGGGUCUAACAAUUCUGUUUCCAGUUUUGAUUUUUCCACCUGGAAGCCUAAUUUUUUAUCCAAAUUAUAUGCCUCCAUUAUUUGAUAAUAGUGGAGCCAAUCUCGUACUCUAUUUUUUAGUUUUUCAAAACUCUGCAAUUUUAAUCUGUCUCCCUUUUGUUCCAAGAUUUCCCAAUACUUCGGCCAUUUGGCCUCCAUAUUAAGUUUUUUCUGUGCCUUUGCUUCCAUUGGUGACAACCAUCUUGGGGUUUUAUUUUCUAACAAAUCCUUAUAUCUUAUCCAAACAUUAAACAAUGCUUUUCUAACAAUAUGGUUUUUAAACGCUUUGUGUGCUUUAACCUUAUCAUACCACAGGUAUGCAUGCCAACCAAAUACAUUGUUGAAACCUUCCAAGUCCAGCACAUCCGUGUUUUCAAGAAGCAUCCAUUCUCUCAGCCAGCAAAAUGCGGCUGAUUCGUAAUAAAGUUUAAGGUCUGGCAGGGCAAAUCCACCUCUUUAUUUAGCAUCUGCUAAUAUCUUAAAUUUUAUUCAAGGUUUCUUGCCCUGGAAUUGUUCCUGGUCAACGAAACCUAGUAAGCAGUGCAAAAAUUAGGAAAAACAGUGCAAUACAAAAUGUUAUACUUUAUUGCUAUAUACAAUCAAGUCUUAGAAGCCAACAAGACUAAAAUGUUUACAAUAGAUUUGCGUGAUAAAAUAUCCUUAUAUAGAGACUUGAGAAUGAUAAAUUGAUUUACCAAUAUAUGCACAUUGAAUAAAUGUGUAUGGGCACAUGUUGAAAAUAGUCACCCAUUGCUCACAUGCUCAGUGUCCAUGGGAAGUGAGUCCUUAAUGUGUGAUGGCCUGCUAUGCCAUGUGGCUGGACAUGCACAGCCUAACAACACCAGAAAAAAGGGUAAAUUGUGUUCCCCUUUAUGGAGGCAGUGUUGGUUUGCAAGCCCCCUCCACAGAGGCUGGCCCCUCUCACUGUCCUCGGAGCUUGCAUAUCGGUAACCUCCUCUGGCUGACAUCCAGACAGACCAGAGAGAUUUUGAUAGGUGACAUUUCCCCAAGUGUGGGUAAAAUGCACAACCCCCUCCUUCCUGCUUCCGCAGGGGAAAGAAAAUAAGUCAGAAAUCUAUUUUCAUGAUGUUUAUUUCUGACAUUACAGCACUAGAGAAAAACACGUCCUUUCAGUUCAGUUCUUCUAGCACGUCAGACAAACUUCCUGAACAUGCGCAGUCGGAAGGUUUCAAGUUACGCUCUUCACAAAGACUUAUCCAGCCUGUGAACGUCCUGGGAAAUUCUUCUUUCCCACAGAUAGGCGCAUCAUGUGAUGUCAACAAUCUGGGUGUCUGCAGCGGUGAUGUUUCCAUAUACUGACAUCCUCCCCCAUAUGAAUCAUUGUUAGCUGCGGACAUGGCUUGAUCCAGAGAAGAAAACAAACAGUUGUUAUACAUGUAACAAUCCCCUGUUGUUUCAGUUCCACCCUUGGAACUACCCGCCACUGGUUUCACCAAUGUAACUCUCUGGUUGUCUGUUUUCCAAGGAACGAGUGCAUCUGCAUUACCUUGGUUAGGGAAUGUAGUGUUACGUUUAGCAACUCCCUGUUGUGUCUUUGUCUCUGACUUAGACAUACCCUUAACCUGGCUUGAGUUGUCAACAAUAGUAAUACAUGCAACAGCUGAACUAGCAAACUCUUGAGAAUACCUCUUGGGUGGUACGCCCUUUGUAACCCUCUCAGACCUGCGUAUGAGGUGCUGAUCCUCCUUGCUGACUGGUUCAGUCUCAGGACUUUUCGGAGAACCAGUUCCAAUAGUAAACAGUGGUUCAUCCUUAACCUGUGAAUGUCUAGCCAUUGUGUGUGAACCUCUCUCAAUAACUGUGUCAACAGAACUCUCUGAGCUUUCUGUGUCACUUUCAGUAUCACUAUAAUCAGAAUAAUCAAAUUCAUCAUCUGAAUCAUAAGCAGUGGGAAAUGUGUGAAAAAUUACUCUCUCCUGUCCAGGAGCACUUUCUAGAAAUUUUGUGAGAAUCACCUGUCCAGAUUCAGACAAAAUUACUCUGUAGAGACCCUUUUCAUAACCCACAAAAAGGCCUCUGGCAUUCUUCACCCCAUCUGGAGUUUCCGUCCUGAUUUGAGAUCCAAAAACCUUAAAAUGUGAGACAGAAGGUUUCCUGUGGAACAGCUUCUCAAAAGGAGAACUUUCCAUACCUUUCGAAACCUUUCUCACCCGAGUGUAACAAAAACAUGAUAAAGAUUCAGCCCAAUACUCAUGUGGCAAGUGUGAACUCAGCAAUUGUGCCUUCAUGCCAUUUUGCAAAUCUUUGUUCACUUUUACACAGUUUUGUUCCAUGCAGCCUCUGAAACAGCAACCUUGUGCUCUAUCCCUUGCUUCUCCAGGAAAUCCUGAAAAUCCUGUGAAAGAAAAGUUGACUUUUCAUCUGUGAAAAGAAAAUCAAUUUUAGCAUCAUGAACAUUCUUAACCUUAUCACAAAACUCCUUAAACCUUUCUAAGGUUUCUCUGGGACUCUGCAACAUGUAAAUCCAUACAUAUUGAGAAAAAUGAUCAACAAAUACAAGAUAGUAUUUUGCAUUGCCUCUAGAUGGUGCUAAAGGACCAAUUACAUCAGCAUACACUCGCUGAAAAACACUGUUAAUCUUUGUUGCCUUUCCUCUCGUGUCUUCUUUCGAGAUACCUGCAAGAGAAAGCAUUUUAGAUUCACAUGCUGUGCACAUUUUAUAGUCCGAUUCCGCAAAUGUCAACAGAUACAGUCCAUCUUUCUCUCUGGCAGAAAGAUACAGCUCUCCAUCUUUGUAGAUUUUGCAGAUUUCCUCAUCAUAGGAUAACACCAGUUUCUUCUUAGCGAUUUGAGAAACACUCAGCAAAUUCUAUUUUAAAUCAGGAACAAAAUAAACAUUGUUUAUAGUCAAGUUCAGACUUUCUAGAUACACAGUUCCGAUCCCGGUUGCUUCCAUUUCCUGACCAUUAGCCAGUUUCACAGUGAAGCGUUGCUUCUCAAACAUAGAAAACAGUUCCCGGCGUGAUGUCAUGUGUUGCGUCGCUCCUGUGUCUACAAUAAAUGAGUUCUCCAUGGAUGAUGUGGCCUUUAGUGACAUCAAAGCCAUAUCUGGUUUUGCCUGGGAUUGGGUACAACCUUUGUUUGAAGCCUCAGGCUUUACAGAGCUCCCUCUAGCUUCUUUCUCCUGACGUGGUGUCUCCUGACGAACAGCAUUCUGAGCUACAGCUUUCUCCUCUGUAGCAAUAGUAGUGGGGGUGCUUGAUUUCUGAGGUUCACUCCCCCCAUCAGCAACAGCCAUUGCAGCAAUGCUAGGAUCAUCAACAGCAACAGCAUCAGCAGCAACAGUCUCUCCACUUCCCUGUUGUGGCUCAAAGCUCCUCCCAGCUUUCGAUGAGCUCUCAAGAAUUUGGCUAGCUUCAUCUUGGCUCUCCCUCUUUGGUGCAACCACUUCUCGGUCCUUGCUUCCCACCCCAGCUUCACAAGCUUUGCGGAGUGACUCCCAAGCGACCCUUGGUUCUUGUGCACCCUUUAGGACUGGCUCAAGAUAAGCGUCCACAUUUUCCGCCAAAAUUCUCAGGACACGCUGCUUCAAUUCACUUUGAACUGCAGCCUUCUUCCCCUGUGCUUGUACAGCAACAGGCUGUGGGGUCUGGACUAAGUCCCACAAUUGCUCUCCCACCAGCAAGAAUUCCAUUUCAAAUGACCAUUCUAGCCAGUUUUGGCUAUUCAGUUUCUGAGAGAACAGAGCCAUCUUUAAUCCCAAGCUGCAGCUUCAGCUACAAACUGGAAAAUCCAAAAGUCUAUUGGGCUGUUUACAAGCUGCUUGCACUUGGCAGUCAGCCCAGCUGCCUGGAAUUUUCCCUUCCACAGAGUCUGUAAACAACAAGCCUUCGCUGCAAUCCAACAGCAAUCAGCAAGCUGCACUCUGCUUUGGAAAGUCCCUUUUCCAACAGUUUGUUUACAACAAGCGUCGCUGGAAAACACUCAGCCUUGCUUUCGUUUCUGAAGCUUCUUUUCUCUCUUUGCUCUAAGCUAACCAGUUCAUAAAUUUAGCUCAAAAAGUACUCACGACCUGUCGCUUAGCAACGGAACUUCUUAUCAGCUCUGGAAUGCGAAGUAUGCGGCCUCUCUCCGCUCUGUUUUAUCCAAAACAGGAGCUUUUUUUCUCAGUGAACCAAAGACUUUUCAAUUCGCGUUCACCAUCCAGCCAUAAAUCAGCAUCGCAGAGGUCUGUGGAUCGCUGCUUAUCAGCAAAAAAAGUCUCCCACCUGGUGCUCAGCCGUCUUGUUGUUGCAACCAUCCUCUGCUACCACUUGUUGGUUUGCAAGCCCCCUCCACAGAGGCUGGCCCCUCUCACUGUCCUUGGAGCUUGCAUACCGGUAACCUCCUCUGGCUGACAUCCAGACAGACCAGAGAGAUUUUGAUAGGCGACAUUUUCCCAAGUGUGGGUAAAAUGCACAACCCCCUCCUUCCUGCUUCCGCAGGGGAAAGAAAAUAAGUCAGAAAUCUAUUUUCAUGAUGUUUAUUUCUGACAUUACAGCACUAGAGAAAAACACGUCCUUUCAGUUCAGUUCUUCUAGCACGUCAGACAAACUUCCUGAACAUGCGCAGUCGGAAGGUUUCAAGUUACGCUCUUCACAAAGACUUAUCCAGCCUGUGAACGUCCUGGGAAAUUCUUCUUUCCCACAGAUAGGCGCAUCAUGUGAUGUCAACAAUCUGGGUGUCUGCAGCGGUGAUGUUUCCAUAUACUGACAGGCAGAAGGGCAGUUUGGCUGGGGGCUGGCUGGCAGGCCUAAGCAUUUCCUGUAGUGCUUACUUCCAUUGGACUGGCAGUGCUUGGAAAGCAUAGGAAAGGGAUCUAGAGUGUUCUGACAUAAGCUGCUUCCCAUGUUUCAUGACACUGUAAAUGGUCCCUUAUUUUAAGAGAAUGUCCAUCUGGAAACCCUAAAGGGAAAAAAGGUUAUCGCUCUGAAAGAGGCAGCAGGGCCUUUAGGCAUCAUUAGAGUGCGUGAAACUACAGUCUACCUGGGCCGCAUCUUUUACGAGCAGGAGCUGUCAUUUCACUGCCCACUGAAAACCUAUUUAUCUGCCAUGGAGAAUGAAAAUGAGUUCUUUUUCGUGUGCAAAUGCCGGUGGCAGAUUUGCCUGGCCUAACUUUCACAAUUUAACAAACUUUUGUCAUUUCCCCCACAGCCAAUUUAGCAUAUUCUAAUCUGUUCCUCCCUCCUCACACACAAGACACACACAAACACCAACUCCCACCACCAUUCCUGUUUACUAUCUCUUUCCAAAUAAACAUAAUAUUUUUUAGCAAUGACAGGUGAUUACCAGUCUCUCACUCAGCCCUGGUAAUUCAUUUGCGCCUUCCAGCAGUCAUGAGUCAUGGGUCUUUUACACUUGUCAAGGAAACCUAAUCCUUACCCUUCAUGGGCCAGAUAUCCUAAAGAUGGCUGAACAUGUAAUUGCCUUGAAGUGUAAAAUAUUUCCCACAUUAUUUAUUAUGCUAUUGCCAGCUAGUACUUCUAUAGUUAAGGUUGUGUCAGCAUUUUCAUUAUAAACCUAUAUUUCCAGCUGUAAAAAACCUGCUGGAAGGUAGAGCUGGUGCUUGAUCAAAAUUAGGGACUGCUUACUGGGAGGGAUAAGGGGUGCCGUGAGGCCAGGCCAGUUUAGAAAUGUGGAAGCUUUCUGGGUUGUGGUGGUUUCUCUAGACUUUUUUAUUCUUUGGGAUGCUCCUCCAGGUGUGUUCAAGAAAGGCACGAGAUUCCAGGCUUUAUGUGAAUGCUGUGAUCUAAGCACAAACAGUUGCAGUGCUGGCACAUGAAAUACCACACCACAGCUUUCCCAAGCAUUGUUCUUAUCUGAAUUUCUGUUCAUUGCACUGAAGCAGUAGUUCACCUAAGAUGAGGUAUAGGAAAGUUACCUGCCUUGGAUGCAGCCUAAACAACAGUGUGACAAAGGCCCUGGCUCUAAAUAAUGUGAAGAAGAGUUUGGAUUUGAUAUCCCGCUUUGACACUACCCGAAGGAGUCUCAAAGCGGCUAGCAUUCUCCUUUCCCUUCCUCCCCCACAACAAACACUCUGUGAGGUGAGUGAGGCUGAGAGACUUCAGAGAAGUGUGACUAGCCCAAGGUCACCCAGCAGCAGCAUGUGGAGGAGUGGGGAAGCGAACCCGGUUCACCAGAUUACGAGUCCACCGCUUGUAACCACGACACCACAUUGGCUCUCCAGUGAACUAGUGAAUGCUUUAUUUUCAGUACAGAGUGAUUGUGUUAUGCUUGCAAUCUGGGUACCCAAUGGCUUCUGAGCUGGAGAGGUUUAGUCAGAAAAGAAGUGGGAAAUGUGCAGAAAAGAGCAACCAUGAGAUCUAGUGAAAUCUUGCCAGAAGUUGCUGCUGCCGCCGCCACCAGAGCAGUGACGGGGGUCAGGCAGGAUAUCCUUGGGAUGCUGUCCCAUGGGAUUCUGUGACCUCAGGUGGCUGUUUCAGUCUGCCUGAUGGACGGGCUGGCCCUGGGCAUGAUAAAAGUUUACAGAAUUAUGUCUGAUGUUGAGAAAGUAGCUAGAUACCUUCAUCCAAUAUAGUGCACUAGCAGCAGACUCAGGAAAUGGCAAAAAAGAAGAGGAGGAGGAGGAGGAGGAGGAAGAAGAAGAAGAAGAAGGAGGAGGAGGAGGAGGAGGAGGAGGAGGAGGAGGAGGAGGAGGAGGAGGAAAAAG